UAGUUUUUGAGAACAAUUUAGCAAACCUCAGGGUGUAUCCAGUUGAACACAGCUAUAAAAGAGUGCUCUGGGGUUUGCACGGCUUUGUAACAAUUGUGUGUUUGUAAAAAUGACGUGAUUCUGCAACUCCUUAAGACAACUAUUACCUGCUGACACUGGCAGAAUAUUUCAAAAUCUUUGAUCUUUACCAAAAUCAAAUUUGUUGACGCAUGUUAUUAUCUUGGUAAACACCUGCAUACAACAAUACCAGUCUUUGAUUUACACAGCUGGUAUUUCAUGGGAGGCCCUGUCCACCUUUUAAUCAGUAUGUAGUCUAUAUAUUACACGGAUUCUAGUUUCACAACCUUAUGCAAACAAAAUGUACUUCAUUCUGAAACAGACAAGUACUUGACAUUUAGUCGGUGAGUCAGAUGCGGAUUCAGUUACUGUUCGUUCAUCCAGCAAAGAAUUCAUCGUUCUAGCAUCAGAACUAGCUUGUUUCUGACUUAGACAACACUUGACAUGUCACUUACAUGUUUGUUUUUUUAUCUAAUCCGAUUGCAAGCUCACAUUCACAACCCAUGUGCACUAAGAUUCUGCCUCCUAAAAGAGGUGCAGGAAGCGCUCCUCGAAUGCAUUUAGUUCAUGUUCAUCCAGUUCACAGCAGAAGUCUAUAAUAACUAGGAUUGUAUCCAUUGAUAAUUAAGUUAAAAGUAUUUUCACUUCGGCUGUGGAUAUGUGGGAAUCUGUCACCCCCAAUAAACUAAAGCCAAGUACAGCAGAGCAAAACAUGUCGUUUAAGUUGGAUUCUGUUCAGGAAUGGCAAAAUGAGGACCCACAAUUUGCAGAUGUUUGUAAAGUUAUCUGCCUGGGUGUGUGCAGUGUGUGUGUCUAACUGUGUGCUGGGUGUGUGUAGGGGGGUUGCUCUAAAAUAACUUGCUGCUUUGGCAUGGGUAAAGGACAUGGUGGCUAGAUAUAUAGGGAUAUUUACAGUCAAAAAGAACAUUUUUUAAAUAUUCGGUCUAUCUGAUGAAAAUUUAAACAGCAUUGGUUAUUGGGUAAUACAACCCUGUUAUCAGCUCUGGUUAUUUUUUUGUAUGGAACACCAAUUUUCGUAACAGACAAGACUAGAUUUUAUCUUUCAUUUUCCACUUUUGUUGAAAUAUGAGACAUUAGUAAACUGGGUUGCGAAUGAGUACUCGCGUACACGUGCAUGUAAACGUCCACGUCUUGAACUCAGUAGUGUCCCUAUUAUAAAGUGUCCCUUUAUGGUGCAUUAUGGGUGGUGGCAUAGGAUAGACGAAGGAUGACACUUGACUGAGGCUCUCUUUAAAGGUACAAAAGUCCGGCACACCGGAUCGUGUUCCCCGGAUACCCAGCAUCUAUUUAUUAUCCUUCUCCCCUCUGUGACCUCCCCUUUAUUUUAAACCUCUGAUUCAUCUGCAAUUCAACCCCUAAAAACCGCAAAACACCUCUAAGUUUACAGCCUCCGGAUGAUACCGUCAGCAGACGUAAAUGAGGUGCGAUUUUUCAAUGAAUUCUGCUCAACACAUUGAUGCCUUUUUAUUUUUGGAAUCCCGUCAUAUGUCAUCUUCGGAGAAGACAAAAGGAUAGGUUAAUUUAAUUCAAUGAAAUUCAACAAGUUGACAUCAAGAGGAGAGCUUCUGUUUGUUGGUUUUAUAACAGCAGGAAUCUGCCAAUUAAGAUUAGUCUGUCUUGUCACAGGCGCUUACUCUGCAUGUUAGCGGAUGGAGGGGUGCAAGGCGAUAAACGUCUAACACGGAGUUUCAGCCCUAUUGACAGUUCAGGAAACCAUCGUGGUCACUGAGGGCUAUUUGAUGUGACAUCUUUUUCACCUGGUUGGGGUUAAAAUAGAACUAAGCGGCUGGUGUGAUGCAAUCACCACACAUAGCUGAAAGCUCCUGGGAUUCUGGAUACAAACUGAAGCCAGCAAAUGAACGGCGGAAUGUGCUUUUCAGGUUAGUGCUUAGACAGACAUCACUGGGGACAUGGACCAGAAAUGGAAUGGGUGGGGGUUGUUGCUUAAUAUCUAUAUCCUAGCAACUGAAGGGGUAUGAUACCAUGUCCAGUUGUUGUCAGGGAUUGGUCAGCAUGUUGGCAUUGACGCCGCCCCUUUGCUUGUGUGCUGUAGAAAGAUUAAACCAAAAUUAAAACAUCCUCCACACUUGAUUCACUCCUGUGCACUUGACCUUCUAGCACUUUAAUCUGCCUCAGAGUUUCUUUUUUGUUUGUUUUUCAUGUUUUUCAUUUAUUUGUAACUCCAGAUCUGCUGUAAUACAUGUGCUUGGGCCACUUGGCGAUAACCUUGACGACCUCAGUAAAGACCCCAGUCUGGCAGUAUGACCUCUCCUUAUGCAGCAGUACAGUUCUGCCCAGAGCGAGCUUUUCAACGACUCAGAGAGCCAGCAGCAGCCUGUCUUUCAUGGGCUGAAGGUUCUUUCCUGGCCUCCAUGUCACAAGGCCAGGGCUCCCAGGGUACGGAUAUCCUCGGACAAGACGUCCUCAACCAGCUGCUGGAGAUGCUGGACCAGUCUGCGCUACAUUCAAUGCAGCCUAUCGAGCUCAACUUUUCUGAGGGCUCUGCAGUUGGAUCAGCAUCCAAUACCAUACAGAUUAGUAUGGACUGCAUCACGAUGCGUGGGCCUGAGGAGCCCCUUACACCACAGUAUACAAGCCUGGGGCUUCUCAACAGCAUGGAUCAAAAUGGUGGCUCCACCUCCACCAGCCCCUACAACAACGAGCAUGCUCAGAACAACGUAACGGCACCAUCACCCUAUGCCCAGCCCAGUUCCACCUUCGAGGCCCUUUCUCCAUCACCUGCCAUCCCAUCCAAUACAGACUAUGCUGGCCCACACACCUUUGACGUGUCCUUUCAACAGUCCAGCACAGCCAAGUCCGCAACCUGGACGUACUCCACAGAACUGAAGAAGCUGUACUGUCAGAUUGCCAAAACAUGUCCCAUUCAAAUCAAGGUCCUCACCAACCCACCCCAGGGUGCAGUUAUACGGGCCAUGCCUGUCUAUAAGAAAGCAGAGCAUGUUACCGAGGUGGUCAAACGCUGCCCGAACCAUGAACUGAGCAGAGAGUUCAAUGACGGUCAAAUAGCCCCACCCAGUCACCUGAUCAGGGUUGAGGGAAACAGUCAUGCUCAGUACGUGGAGGAUUCCAUUACUGGGCGUCAGAGUGUGCUGGUGCCUUACGAGCCCCCUCAGGUGGGCACAGAGUUCACAACCAUCCUGUACAAUUUCAUGUGUAACUCCAGCUGCGUCGGCGGAAUGAACAGACGCCCUAUCCUCAUAAUCGUCACUUUGGAAACCAGAGAUGGUCAGGUUUUGGGUCGACGGUGUUUCGAGGCUCGUAUCUGUGCGUGUCCGGGACGCGACCGCAAAGCCGAUGAGGACAGCAUCCGUAAACAGCACGUCAGCGAUGGCACAAAGAGCAGUGAGGGUACGAAACGCCCUUUCCGUCAGGCCUCUCACCUCUCUCAGCUAAACUCCAUCAAGAAGCGAAGAUCCACCGAUGAGGAAGUGUUUUGUCUGCCUAUUAAAGGGCGUGAAAUCUAUGAGAUUUUGGUGAAAAUCAAAGAGUCUUUGGAACUCAUGCAGUUCCUCCCUCAGCAGACUAUUGAGUCAUACAGACAGCAGCAGCAGAACCUACUGCAAAAACACCUGUUAAGGGCCCGUUUGCGCUCUGAGCUUCUGGACCCAAUAGGUGAGCAGAAGAGGCGCUUCAGUGCUUCCUGAAAGUAGGAAUCACAUUCCUCCUCCCUCAGAGCAUCCCUCUCUCCAUCCCUUCAUCUCAUCCUCUACCCCUCAAAGGGGCUCCCUGUGCUUCUCCAAACUGUCACCUGUGGUAACUCCUAGACUUUUUCUAUGCCACAAAUAGGCUGAGCUCAGGAUUUUCUUCCUACCACCUGAACACCUCGUUUUAAAUAUGUGAGCUCUCAAGUGAAGUCAUUUUUAAAUAUUUUUGGAAAGUUCAUUGCAUGAUUUUGUCCCUGCAAAGUGUAUUAUCUAGACUGUGGCGCUCAUUUAUCAGUUAAAUCGAUCCAUUUGUGUGUUAAAUUUGCUUACACUCACUUUACGGUCAGAUUUAGUUGCGUUAGAGUUAUUGUUCAAUCAUCUGAAGAGUCAAAAGUUUCUUAAAACAUUUCGUUGUCCAUACUUUUUUAAAUGUUUCUUAAAGGGCCCUUAUGACUGAGGCUGCUUGUUUCCUCAGCAUUUAUUGUGUUUGUUGGACUGAUCUGCUGGUAUUGCACAGAAACCCAUUGCACAUAAACAGUAUAGCAACUUCUCAGCUGACCACCUACUUCUGUCUUUCUCUCUUCUUUCCAUCUGUUUUUCUUCUUUCUAUCUAUCUAAACGAUCCUGAAUGUCGAAACUGACCAGGAACCAAGCACACAUCUUUUUUUUAUGGGACUCAUAGUUUUUCUUUAAGAUCUUGAUGAUGGUUCAUCUUAAAUAGCUUUUUUGGUUUUUUUGCCUCUGUCUUCAUUUUAUUAUUGGAGCUGGACUCGUUGAGUUGUCUAUAAAUGUGGGGGGAUAGACUUUAUCGAUGACUGAAUUUUGAUAAUGCUGGUCAUGUUUUGUAAAGCGCACUGCUGGGCAGUAAUUUGUGUGUUUUGUCUUGAUUAUUUGUUCAUUUUCUUAAAGAUGUGUUUUCUGCUGUGUACGUGGCAGAGAAAAAGGAAAUGAACGCUAUAGUGUUGACAGAUUCUUUUGUUGUUUCAUAUGAAAUAAUGGUUGUAUUCUCAAUGGCUCUUGCACUUUUGUCAGUUACUACUAUUCAAUAAAUGACUUCUCUGCUUUUGUGUUCCUAACUCUGCUCUUCCUCUUUAUUCUCUUUUCUUCUCCUUUAUUUCUUGACUGUUCUUUAAACUUGAAUUGUCAGGGGCUUUUAGUCAGAGCAUUUAAAAUAUCAAUAAUAUCAACAAAAAAAAACUUCAAAAGGGAUAGUUCACUCAAGUAA